AUGCCGGACAGCACGCGGAAUUCCUCUCGCGUUUGCGACUUGGGGCAGAAGUCCCGCUCAGCGAUGCCGCCUGCGGGGGCCGCGGAUAUCGGCGCUGGAAGUUGGCGGCCCGCUCGCCGGCCCGCAGCACUACCUGCUAGCUCUGGGCGUGAUCAUGUGAUUGCACAGGGGGGGGUUCGACGCCGCGAACUCAUUGCCAGCUGGGCGAAACAGGGGGAAAGGAGCGUGUGCGGAUGUAUGCGUGUUGAUGUAUCAAACUUGGGGCUGACGGGUCAGUCGACUUCAGCCGGCUGGUCAGAAGCCCUAUACAACACAACCCAACAUAUCAUUGCGAAUAUCGUCUGGAUAACUCUUCAUUGCAUUGAUAUUGCGGACUAUAAUAUGGUCAACUAA